CACCCGUUUGCUCUGAAAAUGGCGCGAGACGGCAAGCGCAAGGCACCGGUGAAAGCUGAGAGUCAUGGGAGUCCCGACGACGGCGAUGAUGCCUCAGGUGAAGACGACGAAGAUGUGGAACAGCCGAGAGCCCCCACGAUAGAAGACUGGAAGCGCCAGAUCGAAGUGGAAGUCCAACAGGCGAUCCCCGGUGCCCUACGUAUGUGCGUGUCCAACGCGAAGAAGCAGAAGCACGACCUCAUGAAGCAUACCAUCGAAGGCGUGACAGCCGCUCGAAAUCUGGCGCCACUGGCCAAGGAGCACUCGAUGCCACUGGUGGACCGACUGAAGCAACUCACGAAGGAGUACGCGUUGAUCAACGGACACAUUGGUGCAUUCGACUCGAAACUGACGGAUCUUGAACGCACGCUGCAAGCCGGUCCAGGCCCCCAGUCGUUCAACGGACUGCUGGACAUGUCGGCGUUCCACGUGGCCGACGACGUGUUGAGCAAGCACGAGUACAUCAAGCAGUUCGAUGCCGCCGCGGGGAUCGAACGCGAAGACGAAGACGACGAGGAUGUGAUGGUGCAGGAAUCAAACAGCGUACGCAGCAUGUCGUGUCCGAUCACCCAAAUGCUCAUGACCGAACCUAUGCGCAAUCUCGACUGUGGGCAUACGUAUUCACGAGUGGGGAUCGAAAGCCACUUGAAACACAAGCAAAGCUGCCCCGUCGCGGGAUGCCGAAAACGCGUCGGAAACUUGGAGCGCGAUGUCGACAUGGAGGUGCUGAUCGCCAACCGAUCGAAAGCGACAGCCCUCCCUCGACAUGGUGGUGCCACGGCCGUCGACACGGACGACGACGACGACGAUCAAGAAGAACACGUCGUCGAAUGAAAUGACAGUCUCUUGACCAACUUUCUAAUACUAUCUACUUUUAUCACACAAAUAUAUUUGCCCAAAAUAUAUUAG